AUGGAACUGAAUAAACAAAACAACAAAGCAACGCAUGUGUCUGGAAAGGUUUCAGAAAGUUCCACAUCAUCAAGUCAUGUGGAAACACCACCUAAAAGUUCUGAACUUCCUGUGAACCUAUACGUACAUGUUCUAAUUAAUGAACUAAGACAAGAAGCCACUCAGGAUCAAGCCCCACUUAAACAGUGGUCUAUUUUCUUCCCAAAGCUAAAAAGAGGCCAAUCUACCUUUUCAACAUUCUCUUCAAGAGAGCAAAUUAAAUCCAAGAACGAUAAUGCUCUGAUUAUUGAUAUCUCAAGAAUUCAAAAUAAUAUCCUCACUUUUUGA